CGAAGGCUUACGGCAGUUUCCCUCACAAAAAAAAAUGUUUUGAGAUAUUUUCUUUGUCUUAAGUUUAACGAAACGUUUGCCUGUGAAAUCAAUUUAGGAUAAGAGUGAAUUUACAGUCAUGGUUUAUUGGAUUGUUGCGACGUUGGCCCUUUUUGCUCUGCAAACUUCAGCAUAUGUGCCACACAAUGACUCCAGACUCAACCUGAGGACGUUUGCAGGGAUCUUCCUGUCGGUGACUGAUGAGCCCAUCGACUACAUAGGGCUGGAUGUACAGGAGGGUAGUGGCUCAGGGAUGGGCCAGGAGCCAGUGAAGAAGCAGGAGCAUGGCCAUCACGGGCCUCGUCGCUCCACCAAGAUUGUCAUCUCUGAGGAGGCCCGCAGCUUCCUCCAGGGUCGCCUAGCAACGGCCUUCGUCCCCACAGUCUACACCCUGGUCUUCAUUAUCAGCGUCCCCCUCAACCUGAUUGCCGUGGUGAUGUUUGUGCGUCGUAUCCGUCCGAGGAAGCCGGCGGUGAUCUACAUGCUGAACCUGGCCAGUGCCGACCUCCUCUUCGCCCUGCUGCUCCCCUUCAGGAUCUCAUACCAUUUCCACGGUAACAACUGGGUUUAUGGCCCCUUCAUGUGUCGCCUGGUGACAGCAGCCUUCUACUGCAACAUGUAUUGCUCUGUCCUGCUCAUGAUGUGCAUCAGCAUCGACCGCUUCCUGGCGGUGGUCUACCCCAUGGACUCCCUGACGUGGCGUAGUCCACAGACGGCCGCCGUGGUGUGUGGCGCCAUGUGGCUGUUGGCCCUGGGAGGAGUGACCCCCCUCCUGCUCUCCAGACAGACCAUCCACCUCCCGGAUGUGGGCAUCACUACCUGCCACGACGUGCAGGAUGUAGACAAGCUCCGUGCCUACUACCUCUACUUCUUCCCCAUUUACUCCUCCAUCUUCUUCUUCAUCCCUCUGGUGUUCACAGCUGUGUGCUACGUCCGUAUUGUGCAGGCCCUGGCCGCGGCCAACGUGGAGAACCGCUCCAGGAAGUCUCGUGCGGUGGUGAUGGCAGUGACAGUGCUGGUGGUGUUUGUGGCCUGCUUCACCCCCACCAAUGUCAUCCUCCUGGUGCACUACCUCAAGCUGGCCCAUGGACGCAGUGACAGCUCCUACCAGGCCUACCUGCUCUCCAUGUGUGUGGGCAGCAUUAGCUGCUGCCUGGACCCGCUCAUCUACUACUUUGGUUCGUCCCAGUGCCAGAGACAGGUGGCAGCUCUGCUGGGCUGCAGACAGGCUGGGCCAGGAGCAGAGCUAAGCUCUCAGACAGGCAGUACCAGGACCAGCAGACUGGAGAGCAUUCAGAGCACUGUGGGCAGUCAUUACAGGAAGCUCAUGGCCUGACGCCUUAGGACUGCGAAUUCGAACAGACUCUAGGGCUGCAUCUCGAUAGUCUAGAGCAGGGCUUCUUAUGUGUCGUAACCCAAAGUGG